AUGACAGACUCGGAGUACUCCUUCUCGUUGACUACCUUCGCCCCAUCCGGCAAGCUUUUGCAGAUCGAGUAUGCGCUCAACCGCGUUGCUGAAGGGCGCCCCGCCCUAGGCAUCAAGGCAAAGAACGGAGUUGUGCUGGCCACGGAGAAGAAGGUCACAAGCCCACUUGUGGACGAGAAGACUUUGGCCAAGGUGGAGAACCUCUCCGACAGUGUUGGGAUGGUCUAUGCUGGGAUGCCAGCAGACUACCGUGUUCUACUUCGCAGAGGGCGCAAGGUUGCACAGCAGUACUACACCAUGUAUCGCGAGCUCAUUCCAGUUUCACAAAUCGUGCGUGAAGAAGCUGCGAUCAUGCAGGAGUUCACCCAGUCAGGUGGAGUGCGGCCGUUUGGAGUUUCCCUGAUGAUUGCAGGAUUUGAUGACAGUGGCCCACAGCUUUUCCAAGUGGACCCCUCCGGCACCUACUUUGGGUGGAAGGCCUCGGCCAUUGGCAAGAACCAUGUCAAUGCGAAAUCGUUCUUGGAAAAGCGCUACAGCGAAGACAUCGAGCUAGAGGAUGCAAUCCACACAGCCAUUCUCACGUUGAAGGAGGGUUUUGAGGAAGCAAUUACGGCUGACAACAUUGAGAUCGGCAUCGUGGGCAACGACAGAAAGUUCCGAGUGCUGACUCCAGCAGAAGUCCAGGAUUACCUAGGCGAGGUAGAGUAG